CUUUACAAUACAUUGAAUCUGAAGUCGAUAAAUUUAUUAUUAGUAGUUUCGUUCAUCAGACUUCCAGAUACAUGCAGAAAACAGGAACAACCGUUCAAAUACGUAGAUUAUUCCAAUAUGGUUACUGUUGUACCCAAACUACUUCUCAAUUAGUUAAGGAUAACAAACUAAUUUCAGCAUUAUAA